UGGAAAAUAGCAAGGAUCUGAUUGUCGUAGAUACGAAAGAAAUAGAGCCUGAGUGUGUUAUAGAGUCGAUUUAUACAGCUCGAAAGAUCGGAGAAGCACAAUACACUAAGUACGUCGAAGAGAGACUUGAAAAGUGUAACACACCAAUAACUGACACAAUUGAACGCAAUAAGCUUCCACUUUUUGGAACAUCAGUACCAACGACAACCAACAAGACGAAACUUCAAGUCACAACAUUAAAGAAUGACUGCAAUCUUUUUGCAAGGUUGUACAUUGCUUGUCAGUCAAGAGAAGGGAAUCUCCAAGAAUUUUUUAAGCAUGAAAACCAGAGUACUCCUCCUUCAUUAUCAUCAGGGGACAAGAUGCGAAGUGGCCAGAAAUCAGAAUUGAUUGAUUGUCUCGAAGCUGAUGUGCAGACCACCUGUCCAAAUGUUGAUGUCAAAAUCUUGGAUGCCGCAGCUAUUGUAAACAUGCUUAGCCCAGGGAAGUGUAAGACCUUUCAAGAAUACUCCAAAUCAGUGUUUGUUCCUUAUAUUGUUCAACAAGCAAAUGGUAUUAGAAGAAUAGAUCUUGUUUGGGACCGUUAUAUACCCGACAGCCUUAAGCAGGGUACUCGUUCAUCGCGAGGCGCUGUAGGGGCAAGAAGAAGAGUAUGUGACAUGGCUGUGAUCCCUGCAAACUGGAAAUCAUUAAGAUCAGAUGACAACAAACAAGAACUUUUCAAGUACCUCAGUCAGGCAGCAACAUCGAUUCAACUGCCAAAUGUUACAAUUGUAAGCACUUUUGAGGAAGACAUAAUAAGUUCGAAGCCAAGAAAAGAUGAGUUAGCUCCCUGCAAUCACGAGGAGGCCGAUACGCGCAUUUUCAUUCAUGCAAACCAUGCAGCGAAAGGUGGAAUGAGGAAAAUUGUCAUAAGAACUGUAGACACAGAUGUUGUUGUGUUAGCAAUAGCAAACGUGCACAAGUUAGAUGUAGAUGAACUUUGGAUUGCUUUUGGUGUUGGUAAACACAUGAGGUACUUACCAAUUCAUAACAUUACACAAAGCUCGUUGAGUAGGGAGCAAUGUGAAGCCCUACCCUUCUUUCAUGCUGUCACUGGUUGUGAUACUGUGUCGUUCUUUGCUGGAAAAGGUAAAAAGACUGCAUUUCAAGCCUGGAAGUCUUUUCCUGAUGUUACCAGUGUGUUUCAGCUUCUUUCAUCUCCAAAAGAAUCCAUCUCAGAAGAAGAAAUGGAAAAAUUGAAAGAUUUAUCAUUAUUAUGUAUUCCCGCACAUGCCCGCUCUCCAACAUCAAUGAUGCUAGACAAGCUAUAUUUGCACAAGGUACUAAGACAAUCGACCACAUUCCACCAACCCAAGCCUCCUUGGUACAGCACAUUCGGAGGGCAACAUAUCAGGCUGGUCAUGUUUGGGGUCAGUCGUUAG